AUGGACACCUUAUUCAACUCCACGGAGAAAAAUGCCAGAGGCAUACCGCAAGCUCCGUUCAUCGAAAAUGUCAACGACAUAAUCAAGGACCCAAGCGACUUCGAGCUGUGCUUCAACAAGUUUCAGGAACGGCUUUCUAAGUACAAGUUCAUGCAAGAGUCUAAAAUGGCGACAAUAAAGCAAUUGAAGAUCCGGAUCCCGGACUUGCAAAACACACUGAAGAUCUGCCAAAGUCUGCGCAAUCACAGUGACAAGGACGGCGAGAGCGCUGAGCCUAUGCUUCUGCACUACCAGUUGAACGACACGCUUUACACGAAGGCUCAAAUCGAUAUACCAGAGGACCGUGCCGACUUGAAAGUCGGACUGUGGCUGGGCGCAGACGUGAUGCUGGAAUACCCGGUUGAUGAGGCCAUAGAGCUACUACAGAAGAAGCUCGCGGACUCGGAGCAAUCCCUGACGGUCUCUACGGAGGACGUUGAGUUCCUAAGGGAGAACAUUACCACGAUGGAAGUCAAUUGCGCAAGAUUGUAUAACUGGGACGUGCAAAGAAGACAGGACUUGAAGCAGGCCCAGGAAGGCACUAAAAACCUCAAGAUAUAA